AACCGCGGCUCGGGCUCGGGCUCGGGCUCCGGCUCCCGGGUAUUUAAAGGGGACGCGGCGGCGGCCCGGGGUGGGGAUGGGGGGCAAGUGGAGAGAGCGGCCCAGAUGCACAUCAUCCACGGCCCCUCGGGAGUGGAGGGACUCGUGAGAGCCGGAGCCCAGAAAUCCGGGGGCGGAUAAGACACCGCGUCCCCUCCAAUUCCCGUAAGCACCCCUUGCUCCAUCCUGCGCCCAAAUACCUCAGCUAGCCCCUCUCCCCACUCUUUACACUCCAAACUCAGCCGGGACAGACGUCUGCAGCCACCGCUCCCCACCCUGCAGGAGAAGCUCAGAGGUCCUGUCCCCCUUUCCUCUGAGGGACUCUUUUUUUGUGACCACAAAAGGAUUUGAUCACUCAGGACAAAGCUAGCAGAAGAGCUCUGGACGACGGCUGGAGGCCAACAGUCCCUACAGGUGGUACCCAGGGUGAUGUACUGACAAUGAGCGGGUGUUUUCCAGUUGCUGGCCUCCGAUGCCUGUCUAGGGACAGCGGGAUGGCUGCGCAGGGCGCACCGCGCUUCCUCCUGACCUUCGACUUUGACGAGACUAUCGUGGAUGAAAACAGCGACGACUCCAUCGUGCGCGCCGCGCCGGGCCAGCGGCUGCCUGAGAGCCUGCGUGCCACCUACCGCGAGGGCUUCUACAACGAGUACAUGCAGCGCGUCUUCCAGUACCUGGGCGAGCAGGGCGUGCGGCCGCGGGACCUGCGCGCCAUCUACGAGGCCAUCCCCCUGUCGCCCGGCAUGGGCGAGCUGCUGCAGUUUGUGGCCAAGCAGGGCGCCUGCUUUGAGGUUAUUCUUAUCUCAGACGCCAACACCUUUGGCGUGGAGAGUGCGCUGCGCGCCGCUGGCCACCACAGCCUGUUCCGCCGCAUCUUCAGCAACCCGUCGGGGCCCGACGCUCGGGGGCUGCUGGCGCUGCGGCCCUUCCACGCGCACAGCUGCGCUCGCUGCCCCGCCAACAUGUGCAAGCACAAGGUGCUCAGCGACUACCUGCGCGAGAGGGCCCACGACGGCGUGCACUUCGAGCGCCUUUUCUACGUGGGCGACGGCGCCAACGACUUCUGCCCCAUGGGGGUGCUGGCAGGAGGCGACGUGGCCUUCCCGCGCCGCGGCUACCCCAUGCACCGCCUUAUCCAGGAGGCGCAGAAGGCCGAGGCCAGCUCCUUCCGCGCCAGGGUGGUGCCCUGGGAAACCGCCACCGAAGUGCGCCUCCAUCUGCAACAGGUGCUGAAGACGUGCUGAGGACGUGGCCUGCAGGGGGCACCCGGGCGGGGAAGGGCGUGGGGGGCGGGAAAGGCAAACCUAGCUUUAUUACCCCCUUUCCCUUUCGCUUUGGUAUGACCCUCCGGGAAUUUCCGGAAUCCUAGGUUCGUCCAUUUGGGGGGGACAGGAAGGAGGAGAGAGGUCGGAGCUGUCCCCGUCUAUAUGCAGUUAACCCAGCUCUGCUGCCUCCCCCAGUUCCACUGCAAGCAAAUUCCGGAGUCUGCCCCAGCCGGGUGAUGCGCAUACCUGAGCAGGCAGCAGUGUUUCCAAAAACCUGGUCCUCCCAGCUGGGAGGAAGGGGUUCCCUAGCGGGGUAGAGAAGGAACAUCUCCCGCUGCGUUGGGUUAACUGUUGCCUUGGGCUGCAUGACCUCCCUCCCCCAGUCUUCUGUCAAGGGGACCCAGGUCCUGCACUCUCCACCACCCCCUCCCCGCACCGGACUCCCCGCGGAGAGAGGUGGCGCUCUCUGCCCACGGUCCCAGGCCUAGAUCUUGCUUUACCUACUGUGACCCUACACUGCACUCCUUGCCUCCCUCCCGCCCCCCAACCCUGUCAGCAUCCCCACAGGAAAAAAAAAGCCAGAGAGCACAGACACCUCCUGGUGGUCGAAUGAGGUAGCACACUGUCCGGGGCUCGGGUCUGGCCAGCCAGGGACCUCACAGACCCCGAAGAUAUCUCCUCGCACCCCAGCCUCGUCUAUGCAGCAAGAAACCAGGGACUUAACCAAAGUUGCCCCGCCGACUGGGCCCUCUGAGUCCCCCUUCUCCCGUAUGGAACAGAAAGCCAUGAUGUUUUAAAGCAGAGCCAGCGGAAACCCAAGGCCCUCCUCCCUCUUUUGGUGUUUCAGAGCUAUAAAGGAGGUGAAGGUGGCUGAGAUCUCUUGCGCCGCAGCCUGAGGGAUGAGGGCGAGGUGAUCUCUGCUCUCAGAGAGCCCCACUUAAGUGAGGGAGCUGGUCCCCACUCUUGGAGGAGUGCCCAGCUUGGGGAAACGACUAAAUACAUAACAAAGCAAGCAACAGGCAAAAAAGCAGGGUGCAGCCUAUCUUUGCAGAGGGGCACAGGGGUCUAGUGCAGAGGGCUCAAUGAGCACCGAGGAGAUGGGGGAUACUGCUGCUUAGGGCAGGCAGAGGGGGCUCAAUUAGCGGGAGCCUUUCAGUCGCUCGGUUCCCCAGCCCUGCAGGGCAAUCAUCAGGUCAUCAGAGUUUUAUUCAAAGUUGGCACUUGCAGCUGGAGACCCUGUCGUGCAUGGCGUAAGGGUCCCCUGUGGAUAAGGUCACCAAACUCCUUGGUUUCCAGUUCUUUCCUGUCUCCAGCAGGCUUCUGGAGAAGGAACAGACGCAGCUCACAGCCCAGGAGGCGUGCAGGCCUGGUCCAGUCUUGACUGUGGAGCUGGCUUCGGUGUGGGACUCAAGAGGCUCGCUCAAGGCUGUGCUUGGGU